AUGAGUCAGCUCAGCAGGAUCACACCAAGCGAACAACUGUUGACCUGCCAAGAUUCACAGAAAAGAAAUUCGUUCACAUUAUUUCUACUCAUGGAACUUCCGCAUGAAUUUUUCAAUGUGGAUCCAGACCUGUGGGGGGCACAGAAGGACUAUCAGCAAUCAUCAGAGACAGUUCGUUCAAUGAGUAUGGUGAAUGAUCAUGCAGAACGUGGGGUCACCUUUAUUCAAGAACUGAGUGACAUUAUAACCAAAGAUGAGUCUCAGCUUCAGUUACUAUUACAGACAGUUGAGCAGCACAGGCAUGCAUAUUCGGACUGUAAAAAACACACAUUGUUGAAACUGCGGCCAAGUACUUAA